AUGUCGCCAAUUAUCAAUCCAACACAUUCAGCUAUCUUAUUCACACAGUGUGAAUUCGUUCAAUCAUAUUUGCCUAAUCGAUCACUUUCACCAUCUGUUCAAUUGGAUAUUUUGGAAUUGUUAGGUAAACACAAUUUAACAUUUCACAAAACAAAGACAACGGAAGAAUGUGUCGCUCAACUCGAAUAUCUUUUUAAUCAUACAAAUACAACGAACAAUUCUUAUAAGAAAUCCUCUUUAACAUUUGGAAUCGAUGAACAUUCACGUUCAUUGUUACUCUUCGUUUAUCUAAUCGCAUUUGUUUCUUUUAUCUCGAUUAUUGGAAAUCUAUGUUUAGCAAAAGUUUUGUAUACAAAACGUCUUCGUCUAUCACAAACCGAUCGGAUUGUUCUAUGCUUAGCGAUAAGUGAACUUUGUCUUGUUUCAGUAGAUUCACCAACUGAAAUCUAUCGAUUUUUAUCAUAUUCAUUUUCGAUCACAUGGUUGUGUCACUUUCAUACAUUUUUCGAAUCAUUCUUUUCAUCAUGCAUCAUCUUCUAUCAUCUACUGGGUACGUGA